AUGUUCUUAUCUUGCAAAUAUUUUUAUCUUCAUCGACCUUCGCUCAUCCUGAAGUUUCUCGAGGGAAGUCAAAUGGCUCAACUUUCCCUCUAUCUUGAAGCAUUGAUUCAAUCCGAUCUUGCUAACGCUGAUCAUUUCACACUUCUGCUCAUUUGUUAUACAAGAUUGUCCGAUGAGAAGCGAAUUGACGCAUUUAUAGAGUCAGCCGCUGCCCGUCUCCCCGCGACCGAUGUCCGUUCUACUGCGCUUUCUUGCCCCACAGAAACCUCGGACGUAUCGGCUAAUGUUCAUGUCUCAGAUUCGGCCCCUACAAAACUGAAUCUCGAUGUAUCCUCUCUUUUACGUGUGCUUCGCCGAGCCGGAUAUCCUAAACACGCACUUCAAUUGGCUACUCAGGCUGCUCGAUCUAUCGACUGUGUAAGAAUACUCGUCGAGGAUCUGGAUGAUGGUGCUGGUCUUCUGGCCUGCAUAGAUCGGUUACCCUUUAAUGAGGUAAAACACGAAAAAGGCACAAGCAUCUUCAAUCUGAUUAAGCAUCUUUAUUUUGCAUUGCUAGUAGACACCGAGUGUAAAACUCAAAACACUUUUUUUCUGUAUUGA